CAACUGAGUAGUUGCGUCAAAUCUGCUCUAGCCUCACAGGAUCCCUGUACAUUAGCUGAUGAUGAAAGGGAGGAGCUGCUCCGACAGAAGCGAAAGGAAGAUGCCUAUAAAACAGCGCUUUGUGAGUCAUAUAGACGUACCCAGACAUGCAGUUACGGUAAGGAUUGUCGUUUCGCUCAUGGCGUGGAUGAAUUACGUCUUCCUCCCCGUGGUCGUAGUCAUCCUAAAUAUAAAACUGUGCUUUGUGACAAGUUCUCGAAUACUGGAUACUGUAAAUAUGGAGCCAGGUGCCAGUUUAUCCACAAAAUCACUAAUCCUGCUAUACUAGCCCAGCAGAUGUUGGCACGUGAGAAUGCCCUAAGGGUGAGUUCCUGUUCCAAGCCUUGGCUUGGGUGGCAUUUCGCCAAAAUGUAG